CUUCACAACAUUUGACGCUUCGAGAAAAACCCAAAAAUCACAAGAGCAUCAAUCAAGGAGCUGAAUCGGUUUCGCUUCUAUUUCGACGAGUACGCAAAGCCCCACGCGUAUACCCAUAGAUAUUUAAGAGGACGAAUCGAGCGAGAGUGUGGCCAGUGAUUGGAAUAAGCAACGGCGAGGGUAGCAAGAGGCCGACCAAACCACACACAGGCAUGUACGGCCACAGCAAAAAUCGAGACUUCUUCCCAGCGGCCCUGAUCACCGGUUUCCUGGUGACGACGCUUUUCGUUCGCCAGAGCGUGCAGCAGAACGACUACAAUGAUUACCUGAAGCGCGAACACUCUUUGUUCAAACCCUAUCAAGGUUCCGGUAUGACCAUACCGUACUGGGAUUUCAUCGGGACCACGUUUGUGACGAACUCGUACGUGCGCCUUACGCCUGACCUGCAGUCGAAGAAUGGGGCCAUUUGGAAUCAUGUGCCCUGUACAUCGAUAAACUGGGAACUGCAGUUGAACUUUAAGGUCCAUGGCCAUGGUAAGGAUCUGUUCGGCGAUGGGUUCGCGCUAUGGUAUGCCCGGGACCGGCUACAGACGGGCCCGGUGUUUGGCAGCAAGGACAACUUCCUCGGGCUCGCCAUCAUCCUCGACACGUACAGCAACCACAAUGGGCCACAUAACCAUCAGCAUCCGUACAUUAGUGCCAUGGUGAACAAUGGUAGCCUUUCGUACGAUCACGACCGCGACGGAACCCACACACAGCUGGCCGGCUGUGAGGCAAAGUUCCGCAACGUCGAGUUCGAUACUCAGCUCAGCGUCCGGUACGAGAACGACGUGCUGACCGUGUCGACCGAUCUCGAGAACAAGGGCAGCUGGAAGGAGUGUCUGCGGGUGGAGGGCGUGAAGCUACCGACCGGGUACUACUUCGGUGCGUCCGCCACCACCGGCGAUCUGUCGGAUAACCAUGACAUCAUAUCGAUCAAGUUCUACGAGCUAGAAGCUCCCUCGCUACUGGCCGAAGAUCGUCGCCAGAUCGUACCGUCGGCGGCCACUUUCGAAGCACCGCGCGAACACAGGGACGACCCGAAGCAGGGUAUGUCGAAUGUGAAGAUUUUCUUCCUCAUCCUGCUGAUGAUGUUGAUCGUCGUCGUGCUUGUCGUGAUCGGUAUCAUGUUCUAUCAGAAACACAAAGAGAACGCCCGGAAACGCUUCUACUAAGCCUCCCGGCGGUGCAGCAUGGCAGCCGAAAGUGUGUUUGCGUGUAUGUGUACAUGUGGCGGCAUAACGGACGCAGGAUGAUAAGAACUGUAUGGUCAAGGGCACGCUACAAAGAGCGGGCAACACAUACCAAACGAAUAGGAGUUUUAAAUUGAUUUGUAUCUCGAGGUUUAAACGCCCCUCUCUUCAUCCCCCCCAAAAAAAAAGCAGACGCCAUCCGCCAGCGAAAAUUCC